AUGCCUUUCAAAUGGGAUCCUGCGUCUGAGCGCAACUUGCUCCUCUAUGCUAUCGCCGAGAUGAAUGCACCACCGACUUCGAUCUGGCCUCGGGUUGCUGAGAAACUGGGCAAUGAUCUCAACGGGAAUGCAUGCAGUCAAAAAUUCUACAAGUUGAAGAAAGAGAGUGAAAAGAUUCUUCAAGGCGAUGCGACUGUCAGAGGUGAUGCAGCCACCCCCGUCAAGGAAGCCAAGACUGCGAAGGCGCCUGCUAGCAAGGCUACGUCUGGAAAGAAGCGCAAAGCCGCGGACCCCGACGAUGGAGAAGAUGUCAAGACUCCCACCAAGCGUAAGGGAAAUGCGAAGAAAGAAGCUCCAGCCAACCCAGAGCCAGAGGUCAAGGCAGAAAGCCAGGAGGAGGAAGCGAACUCUGCUGUCAAGGCCGAGGACGAACACAACAAUAGUUGA